CAAAACUGUUAAACUAAACAAAAGAUUCUAACGAGUUCACCUCAAAAUAAAUAAAAAAACCUAAAAAAACUGAAGAGAAAAUUCACGCGCAAAAAGAGAGCGUGGGAAAGUAGAGUUGGCUCUUUCAAACUUUGGUUUGUUUUGGAAUGAUUAGGCAAAUUAACCAAUAACACUAAAAACGAAGGGCGUUGUCCACUCCGUUCACUUCUCAACGCCGGUGAUCCAAUUUCAACCCCCAUCAAUUUUAAUCUUCAAUUGCAUCAUUUAGUUUCAUCUAUUUCUUGGGUUUUCCUUCAAUUUAAGCUUAUUGUAAUGCAGGGAAGAACCUGGAACUCAACUCCAGAACUUUUUAUACGGCCAAAUAUGGAUGGGCGCCCUGCUUUAUCCGUUCAGACAUCUGGUCCAAGACAGUUGGGUGCUUCUGGAGCUCUGUCUUCAUCCUUGCCAGUUCUUCCUUGUACCUUGGAAGAGAAGUAUCCUAAAUUUCCUAACUCCCAGCAAGUCUCCUUGGAAAGAGACCUUGUUACUGAUCCUUUAGUCUUCCAUCCAAAUCCGUUGCCAUCCAGCGUUAAAAUUGUCGGCCAUAUGUUCUCAUCAUCAUCUGGAUAUGCUAGUAAUGAACAAUUUUCUUCUUCCUCCCAUGAAACGCAUUCUAGUAACUACCCGUAUAUUUCUCCAUCUGCUAGUAACGGAUCAUCAUUGGCUUUAGGGCCCUCUAAUCAUGCAGAUCUUAUUCAUUCAUCAGCUUCUAAUACUAGAGGAAACAACAUCUCCUGGUGUUCAGAUUCAGGACCUGGUUUCCCUGAUUUUACCUCCCACACCUCCUUGCAGAACGGUCACAUCCAGGGAAAUGCUGAUGGUGGUAGUAAUCUCAUCACACAUGAGGAACUUCUCAAGCGAAAUGAUUGGCAGGAAUGGGCUGAUCAGCUAAUCACUGAUGAUGAAUCUUUAAGCUCUAAUUGGGGUGAUCUGCUUAUUGAUACCAGCACUCCAAAUCAUGAAACAAAGAUGUCGAACAAACUGGUUAAUUCAGCCUCAAAUUUGUCGUUGCACCCUAUGCAAAGUCAACAGCAGCUUUCUGUAUCAUCAGCAGAAGUCUCAGCAGCUGGCCCUUCUUCUUCUGCUGGAGCCUCAUCAAAGCCACGCAUGCGCUGGACACCAGAACUUCAUGAAGCCUUUGUCGAGGCAGUCAAUAAACUUGGUGGCGGCGAAAGAGCCACUCCAAAGGGUGUUUUGAAGCUUAUGAAGGUUGAAGGCUUGACCAUCUAUCAUGUGAAAAGCCACCUGCAGAAAUACAGAACAGCUAGAUACAGGCCAGAGCCCUCUGAAGGAUCAUCAGAAAAGUUGUCAACUCCUCUUGCAGAUUUGUCGUCUUUAGACUUGAAAGCGGGUAUGGAUCUUACAGAAGCAUUAAGGUUGCAGAUGGAAGUUCAAAAGCGUCUGCAUGAGCAGCUUGAGAUUCAAAGAAAUCUACAGCUUCGGAUAGAAGAGCAAGGGAAAUACCUCCAGAAGAUGCUUGAGAAGCAGUCCAAAUCAGGUGUUCACGAUCUCAAGAUUGAUUCUUCAACAGCUGAAGAACCUUCUUCCCAGACCUCACCGGUAACUGCUCAAGAUCAAAAUGACGCUGAGAAGCUAACUGUUGCUCCCUCAACUCCCAGAGAGACUACAGAGAGAUUGGGAAGGGGAGAAGGAAAGAUGCCCAUUGAAGUUGCUGAAUCUCAUAACCCAUAUAAUGAAGACGUGUCUGAUUUACAACCAUCUAAGCGCAGUAAAAGGUCUGAGCCAAAUUUAUCAGCGUCUUCAGAACCUCCUGAAGACUGAACAAAACCAUGCCAGUGCAGGAAAGCUCUGUUGUAGUGUUCUUGCUGCUGUCAUUUUCUAGUGUGGUAGAUUUAGCUGAAGGUCGUGUGACCAAACACGAAAUAUGAUAGUAACUUUUCUAAGACUUCGGUAUCACUGAUAAAAAGUAAGGUUGGAACGUUGAAAUGUUCCGUUUCUUUUGUCCUUUCCAAAGUUGCGUCCAGAUAAAAGAAACCCGGACAAUGGUUUCUUUUUUAGUUGAUCAUGGUCACGGGCUCACAGCACCUGAUAGCUCAUAUGUUUUCCUCAGCCUCUAAUAUUUUCCUUAUCAAAGUGAAUACUGAGUAAUGCAGUUUAGGUGCCACUUAGCUGUUUUUCUUUUGGCUUACUAGAGAGUACUUCAUAUAUUUGUGAGGGAAGGUGAUGAAGCCGUAGCGUGAUAUAAUCAAAUUCUUACCUAUAACCCCCUGUACAGUGAUGAUCCUUUCCACAGAAUUGAAUGAGAUGACUUAUUGAUGGAA